CCGUGUCGGGGAUCACAUGAUCCACACGGGAAAAAACAUGAAAGACUCCAGCAAGAUGUAAAUGACAGAAAUAAAGCUGCGAGGAAAGGAGUGAACCUGAAGCUCAUAGCAAAGCGUUUGUUCAUAACAAACCGAGCAGGAACUGUCAUGCUACUUGAAUAACGUUUUGUAUAAAUUGUAAAGAUUUUGUAAGCUGCGUAAUGGCUUUAAUGUGCGUAAUCGCGUUGUUUGCACUGAUCACAGCUCAAUGUGCUCGCGCGACGCCGCCAAACUUCGUGCUGCUGUUCGCCGAUGAUUUGGGUUACGGUGAUCUGGGCUGUUUUGGACACCCGAGCUCUCUCACCCCGAAUCUAGACAGACUAGCAGCGCACGGGCUCCGGUUUACCGACUUCUACGUCACGAGCCCCGUGUGCAGCCCUUCUAGGGCAGCCUUGCUGACGGGCCGCUAUCAGACUCGUUCCGGCAUCUAUCCAGGUGUGCUGUAUCCGGCCUCAAAAGGGGGUCUCCCUCUCAACGAGACCACUAUCGCAGAGGUGCUGAAGUCUAAGGGUUACACUACAGCCAUAGUGGGCAAAUGGCACCUGGGCGUCGGGCUGAAUGACACUUACCUGCCCACCCGACAGGGCUUUGACAAUUAUCUCGGUAUCCCGUACUCACACGACCAGGGUCCCUGUCAGAAUCUCACGUGUUUCCCUCCGGAUGUGAAGUGCUAUGGCUUCUGUGAUCAGGGUGUUGUAACUGUACCUCUCAUGUUUAAUGAGAACAUCAAGCAGCAGCCUGCAGACUUCCUGCAGCUCGAGAAGGCCUACAGUGAAUAUGCCACGCAGUUCAUCACUGAUGCUGUCCGAAAUAACCGCCCGUUCUUCCUGUACUAUCCUUCAGAUCACACACACUACCCUCAGUAUGCAGGCGCAGACUAUGCAGGGAAGUCUCCUCGUGGGCCGUUCGGUGACGCUCUGAUGGAGUUUGAUGGCACUGUGGGGAAGAUUCUGCAAACUCUGGAGGAGACGGGGGUGAUCAACAACACUCUCGUCUUCUUCACUGGUGACAACGGGCCAGAGCUCAUGCGGAAGUCUCGUGGGGGAAACGCAGGCCUGAUGAAAUGUGGCAAAGGCACGACUUAUGAAGGAGGAAUGAGAGAGCCGGCCAUCGCAUAUUGGCCUGGAUCCAUCCAACCAGGUGUGACCCGUGCUCUGGCCAGCUCUUUGGACAUUCUGCCCUCCUUUGCCAAACUGGCUGGAGCUGCGUUACCUGACGUUCAACUAGACGGGGUCGACAUGACAAACAUCCUGUUGAAUCACGGAGCGAGUGAAAGACAGACCAUCUUUUACUACCCGAUUGCCCCAAGUGAGAAGUAUAGCGUGUUUGCAGUGAGAUGGAAAAAUUUCAAAGCACAUUACUAUACACAGGGUGCAAUUCAUAGUGAAAACCCCCAGGACAGCAACUGCUCAUCACUUUUCCUCAAGCGCUAUGAUCCUCCUUUACUAUAUAACUUAGAGGCAGACCCAUCAGAAAACUAUAACCUUAACAGUACCGAAUGGGACUCUGUGCUCAAGCAAAUCCAGGCCGUCAAGGAGCAGUUUGAGGCUUCUAUGGUGUUUGGAGAGAGUGAGAUUGCCAAAGGGAGAGACUCUGCACUCGAGCCCUGCUGCAUUCCUAAUUGCACCCCUAAACCCACAUGCUGCCGCUGCACUUCUGCACUUUAAACAGCGGCCGGCACACUGCCAAAUCAUGAAAUUACAAUUCACAAGACCGCCGAAAGACUGAUUGUGUUUACAAUCUUCCAUUGAUUUUCUUCUCAAAGCAAAAUGCAAUGAAAAAGCAUAAUAACGUUUCUGGAAUCUUUUUCAGGUUCUUUGCUGAAGGAAAACAACUGAAAAGAUCUGAUAAAAAAAUGAAGUUGAUCCUGUUGCUUAUUUUGUCCACAAAUACUCCAGUUGAUGCAUAGAAUGAUAGUAUGAAUGCUAAAAACAGUCUUAUUGAUUUUCUCACUUAUCUCUCAGUUUGACUAGUUCACUGAUAUAAUAAUAGGCUGUUAACAGUGACUGGUUGCAAAGGGAAUAGAGGAGCUAUACUGUGUGUAUUUUUAAGUACAAAUGUAUGAAUGUGUAUGUCGUACUUUUUUGAGUUUCAUUCACUAUCAGUCUGCUUUUAACACUGAAUCGUAAUUAUGGAGUGAUUUUUAAAAAUAAAAGAAAGUUAAAGAACACAGGUCUUGAGA